CGGCCGGCCAUGGCUUACAGUCCGCUGUGUCUGUUUCUGCUGCUGAGCAGCUACGCUCUGGCACAGGAUGUCCAGGAAACGGCUUCAUGUCCGAUGGCUUCAAGAUUCAAGGCCCAAAGGAAAUACGUGUACCAGUACGUCGCAGACAGCCGAAAUGGAGUGGUCGGUUCUGCCGGCCUGCAAAACGGCCUUAAAGUCACUUGUGAGGUGGAGAUCCAGAUCCCCCAGAUGUGCAGGUUCAUCAUGGUCACCAGGGACUGCUCUCUCAGCGAGGUGUCCACCAUGGAUGGUCAGCCUGAGCCGUUCUACAGCCCGGCGCCUGGCUCCGACGUCUUCAGAGCCAGCAUGGAGAAGAGUCCUCUGAGGGUCAUAGUCCACUCAAACAGCCAUGUGGAGGUCUACCCUGAGGAAGACGAGCCUGUCAACAUCCUCAACAUCAAGAGAGGAAUCUUCUCUGCCUUCAUGGUGCCCAUCAUGGAGGACGGACAGAGCAGUCUUAUGAGCACCAUCCAUGGGCGCUGUCUGACAGCACACACUCUUCAUUCCAGCCAGGAGGUUCGUCUCUCCAGAGACCUGUCCCAGUGUGACCAGUUCUACGGCAGGAAGCCCACCAGUAGCCCAGUAGCUCUGCUGCAACAGCUGCAACACCCCAUCUCCAAACUCAUCAGCAGCUCUCAGAGCUGCAGAUAUCUGUUGGAUAGCCGGGGGACACACGUCAGCACGGCCUCAUGCACUGAGACGCACCGAUACCUCCCCUUCUCCCACGGGGAAAAUGGAAUCUCAUCUGUGGUAAAGCAGGAUCUUAACUUUCAAAGUGUGAAAAGGAUCAGUAGCAGAGGUUUUGAUGUUGAGCCCCGGCAGGCAAAGCCUCUACACUUUGAUGAACCGGAUGAUAAAACCGUAAUCCGCACCAAGGAGGACAUUCUGAGCAUCCUGCAGGAGCUGGUAGCGCUAGCGAGCACAGAUCAAGGCCAGAAGAGGACCAGCCUUUUCCACCAGCUGGUGUCCAGCAUGAGGUCCCUGAGGAAUGAGACUCUCAGCCAAACAGUAGCUGAGAUGGUACGAGUGUCCAAGUGGCUGACCUUCCAGGCUCUGUUCCAGUGCGGAACGGCAGAAUGCACCAGUGCCAUCCUGCAGGUCAUCUGGACCAUAGAGGGGGUCUCACUGGAGGUAGAUGCUCUGGUCUACCUGCUGGGUCUGCAGGCCAAUCCUGAUGCAGCACGUGUGCGAGAUAUGCUCAGCAUGGCUCAGUACAAACAGAGCAAAGCCAUCAUGUAUGCGCUGGCAAACACGGUGAAAAGGUUCUACAAAGGAGGAGUAACUCCAGAGAUCAAGGAGGUGUCAAAGUUCAUGGAGAUGAUCUUAAACGAGUGCUCGGAGGACAACCGCGACUCUGAAUCCCCUUCAGAUCCUCAGGAGGAGGCCUUUCUCGUACUCAGAGUUGUUGGUGUCAUGGGUCGGGCUAUGCAGGACGUCAGUCCAUCGCUCAUCUCCUCUAUCCUGGGAUGCAUGAAGAAAACUAAUAUACCGUUAUCAAACCAGAAAGCAGCCAUCCAGGCCUUCAGGCUGAUGGAGAUCACUGAUGAGAUUCGGCGUUCCCUCCUGGAGGUGUACCGGGACCCUCAGAGUUCAGCUGACAAACGUCUGGCAGCCUACAUGGUUCUGAUGAAGAACCCGGACCAGUCCGUCAUCAGAGAGAUUACAAAUGCUCUAAGAGAUGAAAAGGAUGAGCAGCUGAAGAGCUUCGUGAUCUCCCACCUGCACAACAUCCACAGCUCUGAUGAAAAUCCUGAGUGA